CGGCCGACCACACCUUUCCGGUAUUCUCAAAUCAAUCAGGCUGAGGCCGCCUGGCCAUGAAUCCGGUUUCGGGAACAGCCAAUAUUGCCUUUUGUUGACACGACCUCCCCAGACGAAGGCACCAUACAAGUUAAGCCUCCUGAUUCCUAGAAAGUGAUACGGUGUUGAAUAUUUCAUCAAUACUUCAUAAGGGAUGACAAUGCUAUUCCGAAAAGCCUAACUCUUCUCUCUCGGCAUUGGACAUGCAAAGGAUGGACCUGACGGCCUCCCGUUGGGCAAGUCCGGACGUAAGGCGUGAGCGAGAGUACCAGACCAGAACCAGAAGCCCAUCACCGCACAAGCAACACCCUCACAAGCAACACCCUCACACGCACACACUGGAUCACAAUGUCCUCCCCAACCUAUUACCGAGCAAGACUUCGUCAGGGCCGUCUGCGACUCCUUCCCCGGCACCGCCUUUGACCUCUGCACAAAGAUUGUACCUCACGCGCCAGACCGAGUUGCAGCGCUUUCACAGGCUUUUCCGACGCUUAGCGUGGAAAGCGAACAGCCUGACACACUGGUCACACCGGGCUCUGAAUCUGGCGCAGGAGUACCAGACACAGAAUCACCAUGCUGCAGAUUGCCACACCCACCCAAGUACGCGGAGAGACAACCAACCACCGGGUCCGAGAGCAUCAUUGGGCAGAUAUGACAUGAUAAUAGAUCCGAUAGAGGCUGAGCGACAGUUCAAAAUCGACUUUUACGAGUUUUACGCCAUCUUGGAACGAGGACUGGUCCACCUCCUCAGUGUCUGGGGCAUUGUCAUUACUCCCUCAGCACCAGAUUAUGAACAUAGCAAUUCGGUUCCCGCAAGUCAUCCCCUCCGGGUGAAGUCGACGCCCUCAAUCAUUGGCGAUUCUCGCAAUUUCCACGGUGCAUCACAUCGCUUCCACGCCAACGUCCUUUCGGCUCUCGAUCACCCUUCAAAUCCGCUGCACAGUAUUUUAGGCACUGGAGACGCCCGUGCAUACAUCGGUGUUGCAAAGGAAUUUCGCAACAAGUGGAAAGACGUCGAACAGCGACCGAACGACUGCUUUGUGGGCCACGAGCGCACCGAGGAAACUUGGGACAAGGCAAAAGUGAAACGAUACGAGAAGGUUCUGAGGGAUCUAAAGCUGGAUGAGCUGUUGGGCACUGUGCUUCAGGCUCUUGAAGAGGCAGGUGGAGAAGCAGAUGCAGAGGUAAAGAGGUUGGAGCACGUGGCUGGCGGUGUUAGUCAGAAGGCUAGAGAGGCAGACCAGACCCGUGACGAUGGAGAUUUUGACAUGAUGGAUGCCCCCUUUGAGAUCAUGACCGAUAGAGUGGAUGUUGACCAUGAUAUGGAACUCUAAGGUGAAGGCACAGGAAGACGUACUCCCGGAACGUUCUUGACACAAGCUCCAGGAAAGUUCACAACGCUCGCCAUCUAGCAAUAGGCCAGGCAUCGUGAGAUGACCCAGGUUACCCAUAUCCUGCUUCCGGGCACUGGACAUCUCCAUGCUGUUCCGAAGCCCGAGGUUCCUAACGUCUCGAGUUGAACGUGAGACAGGACGUCAUGCCCGGGAACGUCGGCUUGAGGCCACGAUUGAUGCAUUGUUUUGCUGAUCAGAAGCUGCGAACCUGCAGCAGCGUAUGACAUCCGACACUUGUGAACGCUGCUCUUCCCAGACCUAUACUCCGUCGUCGACGACGAAUGGCACGGGAUAAUGACUCCCAAAGACAGUCGCAACUGCUAUACUACGACCGUUGUCAAGUUCGAGAUUCUGCUCCUCCGCAACUUUCGACCAUUUGCGAGCCUGAAGAACCAUCCAACCCUCAGCCCAGAAAUUUCUG